AUUGUAUCUGUAUAAUAACGCUUGAACGAUCCGUUUCCCACCGACAUAUACUUGCAAUGAGCGCAUAUCCCCAGGACACGUACUUCAACUCCAACCCGUACCAACAACAGCCGUACGCUUACCAGCCACCGCCACAGCCACAGCCACAGCAGCCGCCGUACCAGCAGCAACCAUAUCAACAGCAGGCAUACCAGUACAACGCCCAGCAGCCAUACCAAACGACCGAUCCGUAUGCUUACCAGCAAUCCCCACCGCAGUCCUCCACCGUGCCUCCUCAGAGUCCACCGGUUCAAGUCACCCAUUCUCCGUUUAUAAGGACGGACUCGUCCCAGGCGGUGAGCUUUACCGACAUGGCACGCAUGGCUGGAAGACCACAAACUUUUGAUGAAAUGUACUCUGUCCCCGAAUCGUUUCUUGAGAUUGAGAUCCGGAAUCCAAUGACACAUGGGAUCGGGCGAAAGAUGUACACCGACUAUGAGAUUGUCUGCAUGACCAAUAUUCCUGCAUUCAAACUACGUCACUCGGCAGUGCGGCGUCGAUACUCUGACUUUGAGGCGUUUCGCGAUAUCCUUGAAAGGGAAAGCACCAGGGUUAACAUCCCACCGCUUCCCGGCAAGGUAUUCACGAACCGUUUCUCGGAUGAAGUGAUUGAGCAACGGCGUGAAGGCUUGCAGAGGUUUUUGGAGAUUGUGGCUGGACAUCCAUUGUUACAGACGGGCAGCAAAGUGCUCUGCGCCUUUCUCCAAGACCCCGCCUGGGACAAGUCUCAGUGGAUUUAAAGAAUAGAUGUUUAUUCUGAUUUAUAUUUAAUGUUGCCACGUCUUUCAAAUGCAUUUACCCUACACUCUCUCACGCAUUUACCCUACACUCUCACGCAUUUACCCUACACUCUCUCACGCAUUUACCCUACACUCUCUCAAUCUUGCUCUUCAGCUCACUCACCGCCAGCGGGACCCCGCCCUGCUCAUCAUAGUCAUCCCACCUUUCCUCACCUCCUUGCUCCUUUCGAAGCUGAUCCCAAUCAAUGUCAAACACCGCCCCGCUCUCCUCCCCCUCGGCCUUCCAUUUACCGGCAAAGUGGAAUUCGGUGAAUUCGAGACCGCGACAGUCGAGCGCGAUGAAGGGGGAGAAUUGUCCAGAGGAAGAGGAGGUGUAGGGGAUGGGGGCGGUGGAUUUGGAUUUUGAAGGGGGUGGAGCCGAGGGGAGGAAAUUGGCAG